CAUUAAAGUAAUCCUAUAUAUAUAUAACAAGAGACGAAAUCUAAAGAAAGUUAUCCUCAAGAAGGAAAAAAAAAAGACUAUCUUAUAGUGUUGAGAUUCAAAUUUAGAUUCCCUAGAAGAAAAAGGGAAUCCGACGCUAUAAUUAUUUCCAAAUUCCUCUUAAAAAAUGAAAGUAAGACAAACAAAACACCAAAUCAUUGGUAAGCGUUGCCAUGCAUGAUGUGUAAUAGGUGCACAUUGUAUGGGCACUUCUUAAUAUGAUUAUUUAUCGAUCUCGGUAUAUUCCUAGGCCAAUAAUCGGCAUAAUAUCAAAUCAUAAACAAGGAAAAUCAAACACCAUUGGCACCAUAUACCAUUAAAUAGAAUCCACAGGCGGCUGAAUUUUGGGUCCUCCUACCUAUAUAAGAAGGUAAACCAAUGUGUUAUAUUUGGACUCAAAUCACUUCAAAACAUCGAAUAAAUUUUUUUCCCAUCAAUCAUCAUGGAAAAUUUAGGAUUGCAACUAUUUUCUGUUAUUCUAUCAACUAUUAUGUUUUUUCAUCUUUGUGAAGCACUCUCUUCUUGCAACGGACCAUGUCAAACCCUAAAUGACUGUCAAGGACAAUUGAUUUGCAUAAAUGGUAAAUGUCUAGAUGAUCCUAACCUUGGCACACAUAUAUGUUCUGGCAGCGGCGGCGGCGGCGGUGGAGGAGGAGGAGGACAUGGUUGUCAUUCAAUUGGAAACUUGAAUUGUAAGGGAAAGACUUUUCCCCAAUUCAAGUGCUCGCCCCCAGUGACUUCCUCUACUCGAGCAGUGCUUACAAAUAAUGACUUUAGCAAAGGUGGGAGUGGAGGAGACCCGUCAGAGUGUGAUGGGAAGUUCCAUGAUAACUCUGAUCCAAUAGUGGCAUUGUCCACAGGUUGGUAUAAUGGAGGUUCGAGAUGUGGACAGAUGAUCCAGAUUACUGCUUCAAACGGCAGAUCAGUGCUGGCUAAGGUGGUGGAUGAGUGUGAUUCUAUAAAUGGAUGUGACAAAGCGCAUGCUGGUCUACCUCCUUGUCAUAACAAUAUUGUGGAUGGAUCAGAUGCAGUAUGGCAUGCUUUGGGACUUGAUAUAGAUGUGGGUGAAAUACCUGUUACAUGGUCUGAUGCUUAG